CCGUCCACUCGAAUGACCUGGUGUUUCAUCCAUAUCAUCAUGGGACCUUCUCAUCGAAUAGGGAACGGCCCCUCUAGACACUUUAGAGUGGUAUCGCUCGAGAACGGCACCGUACAUGCCCUCCUCUGGCCCUCGGAACAGCUGGGCGAUAAGUCCAUCGCUAUUUACUUAUAAAGGAUGGACACGAAGGAAGCGGCUGCCUUAUCAUCCUAACUGAUGCAGCCUCCGUAGUUAGCGUGGGCUGUGUGCAGAGGAGUGGCUACUUUGAUCGUGAUGCUACUAUCAAUACACCCUUGACCAGGGGUUCGUGGCUAUUCUUGGGAUCAAUGGCGCUUUUCAUUCCGCCGAGGAGUUCAUAUAUACUUGUCAUGCCUGCGAUGCGAUUUCCUCUCUUCCCUUCCUGUUUCUUUUCGUCGUCUUGGCACUAUAGGCGACAUGCAUUCUCCGCCUGGUUUUGGAUCUGACUAUAGCCCGCACGCAUUGGCUAUGGAG